GGUGACAUGCAGCCCCUCUGCAGGAUUAUGAGCGCUCUAUGGUGGGCUGAGUGACAGCAGCGUAGACCGGGAGCUGUCACCGGGGGCUCUGGAGAUGUGAACGGGGGGUGAGGUGCUGGUGCCCCCCUUGUCCUCCCGGCUCCCGUGCUGAGCGCCCCCCUUGUCCUCCCGGCUCCCGUGCUCAGCGCCCCCCGUCCUCUCUGCUCCCGCGCUCAGCGCCCCCGUCUAAUGCGGAGCUCCACACACGAUAGAUCUGGGAGGAAGUGAUGAGCGGCGAGGACCUUUCUGGCGCCCAUGAGAUGCAGUCAUGAUGGAGGAGGGGCCACCGAAGCUGGUGGAUUACUUUGUGGUCGCGGGGUUAACGGCGACAUCUCGGCCGCUGGAAGAGGAGAACCGCCAGAGACUGUCGCGGCCGGCGGAACCUGUGACGGAUGUGGCGGUCAUCAUCCGGUCCCAGUCCGAGGAGGUGCCCCAUGGAUUCACCUGCAUUGAGAAGACCCCGGGGGGCCACUCGGCCGACCUCAGCGCCAGCUUCAUCACCAACCAGCAGAUGUACCUGUGCUACUGCCGCAGCCGGGACAAGACGCCCAUCACAGAGCUGGGGGUCUACUAUGAGGGUAAGGAGACUCUGCGGCCCGGCUGCCAGGUGAUCGACACCACGCCCUACAGCCACUCUGCCAACCUGAGCUCUGGUGCCCCCGGCCAUCCCAAGACCUUCCUCACCUACAAGCGGGCACCGGAGUCGCUGGGGCUGAACACCCUGGGGGUGAUGGACAUCUGCAUCAUAAACCCCAACAAGGGCGACAGCACCCCCCACACCUUCUGCAAGGUGGACCGCAACCUCAACACCAGCAUGUUCGGUCCGGCUCUGUUCCUCUGCUACAAGAAGGCGAUGGCCAAAGUGCACAGCCUGGUGUAUGAAGCAGGAGUCAUCAGCCGGUUUCCUGAGACGGACAAUGAUAUGUUCUCUUUUCCGGAACUGGUGGCGAUGUUCUGCCUGCCCAUGGGGGCGACCAUCGAGAGCUGGUCCCUGAACACCAAGUACCACCUGCCAGUCUUCUCCACCUUCGUACUGACCGAAGCUUCCGGAGACAAGGUGUACGGUGCUGCCAUCCAGUUCUAUGAGCAGUACCCCCGGGAGCACCUGACGGAGAAGCAGUGCCAGCGCCUCGGCCUCCUCAGCGUGGUGGACAAGCGCCCGGUGAGCAGCAAGUCCAUCCAGACCAAGAAGAGCAUCUGCGUCCUGUCCCGCUGGCCGUUCUUCGAUGUGUUCCAGAAGUUCCUGACCUUCAUCUAUCGUUACUCCAUCUCUGGACCCCACGUGCUCCCCAUAGAGAAACACGUUUCAAACUUCAUGUUCAAUGUUCCUUUCCCCUCCCCGCAGCGUCCGCGCAUCCUCAUUCAGAUGUCUCCUUAUGACAACGUUCUCCUGUGCCAGCCCGUGUCCUCACCGCUGCCCCUCAGCGGGGCCAGUUAUGUGACGUUCCUGCAGAAUCUGGGCCCGGAGAACGCGGUGACCUUGCUCCUGGCCGUAGUGACCGAGCAGAAGCUGCUGAUCCACUCUCAGAGGCCGGACGUGCUGACCAGCGUUGGAGAAGCCCUGGUGUCGAUCAUCUUCCCGCUCCGCUGGCAGUGCCCUUACAUCCCACUCUGCCCCCUCACCCUCUCUGACGUCCUCUGUGCUCCCGUACCAUUCAUCGUGGGGAUCCAUUCCAGCUACUUUGACCUCCACGACCCCCCACAAGACGUCCUGUGCGUGGACCUGGACACCAAUACUCUGUUCCAGAGUGAAGAGAAGAAAAUCCCUUCGUAUCAGAUGCUGCCGCGCAAACCCUGCAAGGUGCUGCGCAACUGCCUGAGCGACCUGCACAAGCAGCUGGACGAGAUGUAUAACAAGCCCAUGGAAGAAGCAUCCUUAGAAUUUCUGCUGAAAGAUUACGACCUGAUUUACGGGCGGCGGAAGCAGCUGGAGCUGGACGUGCGCGCCUCCUUCCUGCGCUUCAUGGCCUGUCUCUUCAAAGGCUACCGCUCCUACCUGCUGCCGAUAACCCAGGCCCCCUCAGAGAGGACGCGGGACUCCAGCAACCUGUUCAACCUGGAGGGGUUCAGGAAGUCCAGAGACCGCGCUCACCAGAAGUUCUACGCCCAGAUGGUGAAGACGCAGAUGUUCAUGCAGUUCAUAGAGGAUUGCUCCUUCGUCAGCGACCGCCAAGCUUCGCUCGAGUUUUUUGACAACUGCGUGGAGAAGGUGCAAGUGGAAGGGGAGAAAAUGGAGGACCUGCACUUGGUGGAGCUGGACGAGUCUCAACGGAGCGAGCACACAGUGUUCAUCAUGCCGGCGGAGCAACCGAUGGACCCGAACGGGACAGAACCGCCAGCGCGUUACAAGUAUGAAAGUUUCCCCAUCCUGCAGACAGAUUUAUUCGAGCUGCCCCAGGACUUCCUUUUGGCACCACCGAGCCAAUUAAAAACCAGUGCUCCCAGCAGUCCGGCUCCGCGACGCACCAAACAGGAGAUCAAAUCUGCACAGCGUGUGGCACAUAUCUAUUCCUCCAUGCCCGAGAUGUGGGCGAAAUGCCUCCUGGGGCACUGCUAUGGGCUGUGGUUCAUCUACCUGCCCACGUUUGUCCGAGCCACGGCCUCUAAGGUGCGAGCUCUGCAGUUGGCGUACGAUGCGCUAAAGCAGCUGGAGACCAAGAAUGUUGUGUUGCCCGAUGAGGUUUGUUACCGCAUCCUGAUGCAGCUGUGCGGUCAGUAUGGCGAACCGGUCCUGGCAGUGCGUGUCAUGCUGGAGAUGAGGAAAGCCGGGAUCGUCCCAAACGCCAUAACGUAUGGCUAUUACAAUAAGGCUGUGCUGGAGAGCAAGUGGCCGUCCAGCAGUCAGAGUGGACGACUCCACUGGGCUAAACUGAGGAACGUGGUCAUGGGAGCCGCCCAGUUCCGUCAGCCUCUUCGUCACAAAGAACCGUGGUCCGAGUCUCCUCCACCCAGUGAGGACAUGGCAAAAAACAGGUCAAGAG